UUUUAGGCUCACACGCAUGAAAUCAUUUCUAAGCUGAGGUUUUCGACAACUGAUCACCUUGAGUGAAUGUUGUGAUUGUGCAUCAGCAGACUCUUCCUUUUCCCGUUGUUUUUACGAAGACGGCCAUGGCUCCCAAAGGUGAGAAGAAGGGCUCUACCAUGGGCGAGGUGGUGACCCGCGAGUACACCAUCAAUCUGCACAAGCGCCUCCACGGCAUCGGGUUCAAGUACCGCGCUCCCCGGGCCAUCAAGGAAGUGAAGAAGUUCGCCGAGAAGCAGAUGGGCACCACUGAUGUCCGAGUCGAUACCCGACUCAACAAGCACCUCUGGUCCCAAGGUGUCAGAAAUGUUCCCUUUCGGAUUCGUGUGCGUUUGGCCCGCCUCCGAAACGAAGAUGAGGAUGCUGCCAAUAAGCUGUACACCCUGGUUACCCAUGUCAACGUGGCCAAUUUCAAGGGACUUCAGACCGAGAAUGUGGAGACCAGCAGUGAUUAAGAUUCUUUGUCCAAGUGCGACUUCAUCCGCCACAUUAAAUACAAUUCCCUGAACCGA